AUGGAGCGACAUACCAAGCGAGACGAAGAGGCAGGAGGGCCGGGGUUGGGCGUAUUGAAGACGCGGAAACGGACUCGCAGAGCUGGCGAUGGAACGAUCAUUGUGCGUCCAUCACAAAGAGAAAUUCGGUCGGCGGGUCGCUCGACUGUUUCCACUGCUAGCUCUUCCGACCGGGUGCUUGUUGAGGAUGAGGAUCCUUUUCUUGACGAGGCGCCUCUUUCGCCUCCUGGUUCUGGGACUGAUCCUACCUCGCUUUCUAUCGAUGACACCGAUCCUUUCCUGGCGCCCAUGAUGCCAAGUGGGCCUUUCGAGCCGUAUGUCGAGCCAGUACCGGGUCAGUUCGACGCUGCUGAUGGAUCGUUCAAUAUUGGACUUGAUGGGAUGGGCGAUUCCUUUGGCAUGGAUACGGCAACCGACUUCAAUCUACCCUUCGCCGCGACGUGCAAUUACAACUGGCUAUUCGACGUCGCAUCCCUCGACGACGCUUUUCACCAUUUCGAUUUUCCCCUCGGCUUCGACACAGGCCCUUUUCCCGACGCAAUGAGCAGCGAGUACAGCCAGACCGUCAGCAAAUACGACGGUGCCUCGGCACUUCUAGAAGUUGCAACAAUGAUGAGCAAAGAGAACCCGUCCAACCAGACAAUGUCGCCCGAUACUCCGGGCCUGAUCGAGAUGGACUGGAUGUCAGGCUCCUCCUAUCUGGGACCAAAUCCCUCGCCUCGUUUGCCCCAACUCUCAGAAAUUGCUCACCAAGGCAUCUUAUCUCUCGUACAACAAGCGCGGCCCAUGGGGAUCGACGGCCACCCGAUGGCCCUCGAUUCACACCUUCUUACAUUACCGGCGCUACAAAGCUAUUGCGAUCUUUUCUUUACCCGGUUUAAUGUUACAUACCCACUCGUACACCAGUCAAUAUUCAAUCCAGACCUUGUUGAUCCAGUUUUCCUUGCUGCUGUCUUAUUCAUGGGCGCGACGUACAGCACGCGAGAGGCGCACCAGCUUGCCGUGGGCAUUCACGAUAAGCUGCGGAAUCAACUACUGUGUCAUCAGGACUUUUCACCACAGCCGGAUCUCUGGGUCCUACAGACGAUGUUGUUGAUAGAUUGUUUCGGGAAGAUGCGGGCUGGCCCGAAGCAGAGAGAGCGCGCCCAGUUAUUUCACUGUGUGCUCAUCAAGCUGAUACGUCGCAGUACUUGCUGCAAUAUCCAGGAUUCGCCACAUCUAUCUAGAUCGGAGGACCUGGAGCAGGCGUGGAGAAAUGCCAUGGAUGAAGAGCAGCGGAAGCGUCUGGCUAUGCAUUGCUUUAUGUGGGAUACUCAGCACGCGGUUCUGUUCUCGCAGUCUUUGUGCAUGUCUGCUUUUGAAAUUAGAUCUUUGCUGCCCUGCAGUGCAUCUAUCUGGGAAGCAGCAUCAGCGAGGGAGUGGGCACGGCUAGCAGCCCGCGAGACGAACCGUCCUUUCCUCACCGUCCUCAAGGGCUACAUAACCCCCAGCGCAGUCUCAAGGCCGCGUGACUUGAACGUCUUCGCGCGCACAGUUAUCCUCCACGGACUGAUGUCCGUGUCAGCAGACCUAAAACGCCGCGACCAAACGACCGUACGAUCCGAGACGCCAGAGCGAGUUGGGGCCUGGACACCGCGUAUGAGUCGAUCGUACGAUUUAUGGAAAGUAGACUUUGACGCAGACUGUCUAGCGAUGAAAUUAGCACAGACGGCCGAUCCGCGCAAAUUCACCGGACUGAAAAUGGCCGCCCAUGCACUCUACCAUGCUUCCUGUCUCGCGUUGAACGUGGAGGUUCUGGAUCUACAGAUUGUCGCCGGCGCCACGCAGAUUCUGGGUCGGAAUGUCACUCCUGCGGAUCAGUCGCGGUCUCAGCAAAAGAUUUUCCAGUGGCUUCAUGAGGAGUCGAGUGCGUCAUCUGUUGCUGCGAGACAUGCUUCGCGUUUACUUCAGGAUGCGGUGUUGAGUUUACAUGAUUGGGAUCAGACGGAUGCGUUUCAUUUUCCGUGGUGCUUGUACUUGGCUACUUUGACCUGCUGGGUCUUCCAUCGAGGGAUGGAUCUUUCGUCUUCGGAGAGCCGCAUCAAUACGGAUCUCUCGUCGCUUAUUGUGAUGAUGACCAACUGUCCCAGUACUACUGAGCUCACGGCGCUGUCUGGGAAGUACGAUCCGAAGCCGUUGGCCGCGGCGAUGGCGCAGCAGCUGGCUACAGUGAGAUGGGCUGUGGUACACGAUGCUAUGAAAGUCUUGGUUGGGCUAUCUUGA